AAUUGACAAUUGUACAUGUAAUAUAUUAGUUAUUAGGUACUAUACUUUAGCCAUUGUUGUUAUAGAUAACAUUAAAACUUUUUUCGGGAAAUUUAUUUAUUUUUUUAGUCAAUAUUCAGUUUGACAAUUUGCUUUUACGGCAUUAUCUCUAUCAAGUGCACUGUGCACAUUAACUUUCGCCUAAUCGCAUCGCUGAAUUGCUGCAGUGCUGCUGCUGUCAAGCGUCAAUAUUCACUAUCGUUUUCUAAAAGGCAUAAUUGUUGUUUUAGUUAUUCCUAAGAUUUUUACAUUUCUCCGCGUGUAACCGAUUUUUGAACGGCUUUUAUCCAAUAAUAUCGCACAAGACACGAGUAAUACAUUUUUACAACUUGCGUUUUAUCUUUGAAAAAUGUCCAACAACGACUGUAGAAUUUACGUGGGAAACUUGCCGCCUGAUAUACGUACAAAAGACAUACAAGAUUUAUUCUACAAAUUUGGCAAAGUGUUGUUUGUGGAUUUGAAAAAUCAGAGAGGACCGCCGUUUGCUUUUGUCGAAUUCGACGAUCCUAGAGAUGCAGAAGAUGCUGUCCAUGCAAGAGAUGGUUAUGAUUAUGAUGGCUAUAGAUUACGUGUAGAGUUUCCACGCGGUAAUGGUCCACAUAGAAGCGGUGGCAGUAGUAGUGGUGGUGGUUAUAGUAGAGGAGGUGUUAGUGGUGGAAGUGGAAGAAGCCGAGGUCCACCGGCAAGACGUUCUCAGUAUAGAGUACUUGUUACUGGAUUACCAGCGUCAGGAAGUUGGCAAGAUUUAAAAGAUCAUAUGCGUGAAGCUGGUGAUGUGUGUUAUGCAGAUGUAUACAAAGAUGGAUCUGGUGUUGUUGAGUUUUUACGUUAUGAUGAUAUGAAAUAUGCUGUUCGUAAACUUGAUGAUUCAAGAUUCAGGUCUCACGAGGGCGAAGUAACAUAUAUUCGAGUAAAAGAUGAUUAUGGUGGUGGAAGCAGUCGUCGAAGUCGUGAUUAUAAUAGCCGCAGUCGUAGUCGCUCCGCCAGCUAUUCACCUAGAGAUCGUGGAACACCAACAUAUUCACCAGUUAGAAAAAGUCGUAGUUAUUCAAGAUCUCGGUCCCGUUCGUAAUAUUGAGGAUAACCAAAUGGUAAAGCAUGCUACAAUUCAUAAUUGACCCUCAUUCCAUUAUUUUAGUGUUUUUUUUCUUAUUAUUUUUUUUUUAAUUUUUAUUAGAAACAUUUUUUGACAAAUUUUAAUACGAGGGUUAAACUAAGUUAAAAGUGUUUUGUCAUUGUUUUAUAACAUUUAUAUUGUAGCUGAUUAUAACUGGAUUGAAAAUUUGACACAAAUAAAGGACACAUAGCAUUAAUUACAAAGGA